UCUUGUGUCUCGCGGUCCUGCGAAAAUUUCCACUUUGGAUACGGUUCGAGGGUUUUCAGCGCGUUUUCGUCGGUAAAUCCGUGCAUCCGAAAGUUUUCAACAACCGAAAGCACCGGGAGUAAUCGCGUUCGGGGCAAGCAAAGGCGUAUCCUUCGCCGCCGCUAGCGACGUUCGCUUUCUGGUUCGCGGGGUGCUAUCGAAACCUCCUCCACUGGAGGCAGGUUCUGGAGGAGUUCGUUUGUGCAAAAGGUUUCCAUCUAGUGUGCCAUCGAAAAGCUAUACUAAAUACCUAUCAAUAGUGCCGUAAAGAGCGUUCAUCUAGUGUACCGUUUUAAAGCAGCAGAGUAGAAAUCCGAAACCAAGGAUCGGCUCUAUCCGCAAAGAAAGGAAGCAGCAGCAGCAGCAUCCACCAAAGAUGGUGACGAUGGUUCGCGAUACGGCGCGUACCGCAGCAAUUGCAAUCGCGUUAUUCUGCGUAUUAAGUGGAUUCAAUUGUCUCAAUGGAGUACUGGCAGCCAGCAAGGUGGACGACUCGAAAGGGCCCGUCUUCCUUAAGGAACCGACCAACCGCAUCGAUUUUUCCAACUCGACCGGUGCCGUCGUAGAGUGCAGCGCGACCGGCAAUCCGCCCCCGGAGAUGAUCUGGAUUCGCAGCGACGGAACGGCUGUCGGUGAUGUGCCCGGAUUGCGGCAGAUUCUACCGAACGGUAACCUGGUGUUCCCACCGUUCCGGGCCGAGGACUACCGGCAGGAGGUGCACGCCCAGGUGUACGCCUGUAUGGCGAAGAACCAGUUUGGAUCGAUCAUCUCGCGCGAUGUCAACGUUCGUGCCGUCGUCAAUCAGUACUACGAAGCCGAAGUAGUGUCCGAGUACGUCAUUAGGGGCAAUACGGCGGUACUGAAGUGCAACAUUCCCAGCUUUGUAACCGACUUUGUCAAGGUGGACUCGUGGAUUGGGAGCGACGGCCAAGAGUAUCUGGCCAGCGAUCAGGAUGAUGAUGGCAAGUAUAUGGUGCUGCCGUCCGGAGAGCUGCACAUUCGUGAGGUUGGACCUGAGGAUGGAUACAAGAGCUACCAGUGCCGCACCAAGCAUCGACUGACGGGUGAAACGCGCCUUUCGGCCACCAAGGGACGACUGGUGAUCACAGAACCGGUCGGCAGUGUAGCACCGCGUCUAACGUCGGGAGAUGCGAUGCGUGUGCAGCAGGAACAGCGCACGACAAACAUCACGCUGCUGUGCCCGGCGCAAUCCUUUCCGGUUCCCGCCUUUCGAUGGUACAAGUACAUCGAAGGUACGCAACAGAAGAAGGCCGUUGUGUUGGAUGAACGCGUGAAGCAAGUGUCCGGUACGCUCAUCAUAAAGGAUGCCGUUGUGGACGAUUCCGGAAAGUACCUGUGCGUCGUGAACAACUCUGUUGGUGGUGAGAGUGUCGAAACUGUCCUUACCGUCACCGCACCACUCGCCGCGAAGAUUGAACCACGCACACAAACUGUCGACUUUGGACGCCCGGCCGUAUUCACUUGCAAAUUCUCGGGCAACCCAAUCAAAACCGUCUCCUGGACGAAGGAUGGCAAAUCGUUGGGCCACAGUGACGCGGUGCUGCGCAUCGAAUCAGUGAAGAAAGAAGAUAAGGGAAUGUACCAAUGUUUCAUUCGGAAUGAUCAGGAAAGCGCUCAGGCCAGUGCCGAGCUGAAGCUAGGCGGACGAUUUGAUCCACCAAUCAUCCGAGAGGCAUUCCCAGAAGAAACACGCCACCCUGGCCCAUCGGUGUUCCUAAAGUGUGUGGCUGGAGGAAAUCCUACGCCCGAAAUUAGCUGGGAGCUGGAUGGCAAGAAGAUUACGAACAGCGAACGAUACCAGGUCGGCCAAUAUGUGACAGUUAACGGUGAUGUCGUUUCGCACCUCAACAUCACAUCAAUCCACUCCAACGAUGGUGGUCUGUACAAGUGUAUCGCGAGCAGCAAGGUCGGCGUUGCGGAACAUUCUGCCAAGUUGAAUGUGUACGGUCUGCCAUACGUCAGAACGAUGGAGAAGAAGGCAAUCGUCGCUGGCGAAACGCUGAUUGUAACCUGUCCAGUUGCUGGCUAUCCAAUUGAGUCGAUCGUAUGGGAAAGAGACAACCGUCAGCUGCCAAUCAAUCGCAAGCAGAAGGUGUUCCCCAACGGUACACUGAUCAUCGAAAAUGUGGAACGCAACUCAGAUCAGGCAACAUACACGUGCGUGGCGAAGAAUGCGGAAGGAUAUACUGCUCGCGGCACGUUGGAAGUGCAAGUCAUGGUACCACCCAAGAUUGCUCCUUUUUCGUUCGGCGAGGAACCCAUGAACUAUGGCGAGUCGGCAUCGGUAACCUGUAACAUCAUAUCCGGCGAUUUACCGAUCGACAUCGAGUGGUUCUUCAAUGGUAAACCAUUGUCGCGGUAUCACCACGAGCUGGACAAGCUAAAGGUGGCCGACUUCGGGAAGCGCACCAAGGCGCUGUCGAUCGAUGAGGUCGAUGCA